AUGGUGAAAGAUUGCUUAGACUAUGCUCGAAGAUGCAAGGCUUGUCAGUUUCAUGCGAAUUUUAUACAUCUGCCGCCCGAAGCAUUACACCCGACCGUCGCAUCUUGGCCAUUUGACGCUUGGGGGUUGGAUGUCAUUGGUCUGUUGCCGAAAUCUUCUGGUGGACACUUGUACAUCUUGGAUGCAACCGAUUACUUGUCAAAAUGGGCCGAAGCUGUCGCUCUUAAAGAAGUGAAGAAGGAGAAUGUUGCGAACUUCAUCCGGGUAAACAUCAUCUACCGCUUCGGCAUUCCUCUUUACAUAAUAAUGGACAAUGGAAAGCCAUUUGAUAACAAAUUGAUGAACAAGAUUUGUGAUCUCUUCGGCUUCAAGCAGCGUAAAUCUUCUAUGUAUCAUGCUGCCGCCAACGGUCUAGUUGAAGCGUUCAAUAAGACUUUGUGUAACUUGUUGAAGAAGGUUGUCUCCAAGUCCAAAUGA